AUGGGCGUUUUUUGUGUAAUUAUUUUAGUUUUUGUCUUUUUUGCGGUGUGCCAAUCUACAACUAUUUCGAGGAAAUACACCGCAAAACUGGAACUGAAUGAUAAGAAAUCAAAUGAAGAACUUUUAAGAGAAUACAAUACUACAUCAGUGAUAAGGUGUGCAGCGCGCUGUCAAAGGGAGUGUAGUAUCUUUGGUUUCAACUCUCAGAUGAAAAAAUGUCGAACCUUUAGGAAAACAUUUAUGUCUGAAGUAUCAAAUGAGGAUGGCUGGAGAUACUACUCACAUGACAGUUUUAUUCCUGCUCUAUUUAUUCCAAUAGACUGUAAGGACCUUCAAUCAGAUGGAUACAUUAAUUCAGGGGUGUAUGAAAUCUACCCCUAUGGAACCAUUACCAGUCCUGUCCAGGCGUACUGCGAUAUGACCACAAUGGGCGGGGGAUGGACGGCAAUCCAAAAACGAAAUACUGGAUCCCUGGACUUUGACAGGACCUGGACGGAAUAUAAAAACGGAUUUGGUUCACCGGAACAGGAUGUCUGGAUUGGAAAUGACGUUAUCCAUCAAUUAACAAAAGAAAACUCAUCAUCCCUGUAUGUUACCAUCACUCUCGAGAAUGGUACAACUCUGUAUGAAAUGUACGACGGAUUCACUGUCUCCAACGAAGCAGGAAAAUACCAACUCUUUCUUACAGGACCUGCAACGGGAACCUUAGGAGGCAGUAUGUUAGACAACAGUUUUUCCUAUUAUUACAAUCUGUCUGGGAUGUCCUUCUCCACCCCAGACAGAGAUAACGACGGGCCUCCUGGUUACUGUGCUGCUGACAGUGACUCUAUGUUAGACACCGGUAGUCCUUUAAGAGAUCUGUCUGGGAUGUACUUCUCCACCCCAGACAGGGAUAACGACAAAGCUAGUUACAACUGUGCUGCUGCCAGUAUCCGUAGAGGAGGCUGGUGGUUUAACUAUUGUAACUACGCCUUCCUUAACGGUCAAUGGUCCCCGGAAAACUGGAGCUAUCCAUGGUAUCCUACCGUAACGAGUGGGACAUCAGUGAAGGGGACCAUCAUGAUGAUCAGACGUCACUAG